CGCAGUAGCGAGGAACCCGAAUGCUUUGGAUCCGGUUCGCUGCUUUGCUACGGAGGGCGCUGGCGCUACGGCUCUGACUCGCUCGGUAUCUGAAGGGCGGUUUUUCGGGGCCUACAUGAACCAAUGGCAUCAUGCCCGCAGUGGCUGGGGCCGCGGACGCGACGUUACUGGACGCCCUUCAACCAAGAAGAAAGGUGGAAACCGCAUCCCGGAAAGGUGGAAAGACUAUCUCCCAAUUGGACAGCGGAUGCCUGGGACUCGUUUCAUUGCUUUCAAAGUACCUUUGCAAAAGAAUUUUGAAGUGAAUCUUGCUCCAGAAGAACGAUUUUCUCUUUUGGAUCUUUUUAACAAAAUCCAAGAGCAAAAUGAAGAGCUUGGACUGAUUAUUGAUUUAACAUAUACUCAGCGCUAUUACAAACCAGAGGAUUUGCCAGAAACUAUUCCUUAUUUAAAAAUUUUUACAGUUGGGCAUCAGGUGCCCGAUGAUGACACUAUUUUUAAAUUCAAGUGUGCUGUUAAUAAAUUUUUGAAGAACAAUAAAGAUAAUGACAAACUUAUUGGUGUCCACUGUACCCAUGGUUUAAACAGGACUGGCUACCUCAUCUGCAGAUAUUUGAUUGAUGUAGAAGGCAUGAGGCCAGAUGAUGCAAUUGAAUUAUUCAAUAGGUGCCGAGGACAUUGCAUAGAAAGACAAAACUAUGUUGAAGAUCUUCAGAAUGGUCCUGUCAGAAAGUAAGUCUUGCAUUUCAUAUGCGAAGUUUGUGGUUCUGGAGAUCUUUUUUUUAUAUAAUUCAAGUUGGAUAUAUCCAUUCUUUUCAUAGGUUCUUCCUUACUGGGGGAAACCUAAAAAAUAGAAAUGAGAGGAGGAAGAGAUUGUUACUUAUAUAG